AUCACUAUCAUCUUCUAUUUCUUCUCAUAGAAGAUGAGUUUUAACUACGGUAGUUUAUCUUAUAUUCCGUCUUCUUUUUCUUCUUCUUCUUCUUCAGAUAAUAAUUAUUACGAUGAUAUAGAAAAGCAAGUGGUAUCUCAAAUUACUACUAACAAUAAUUUUCUUUGCUCUCAACACCUAUAUAACUCAGAAGGUUCGCAUGGUGGAUCUAUUCAUGGUCAUGUAGUUAUCAAUCGUGAUCGAGAAAAUGUUGCUCGCAAUCUUUUCAUAGAUUAUUUUGCAGAGAAACCUGUGUUUCCUGAGACAAUGUUUCGACGAAGAUUCCGGAUGAGUCGUUCUUUGUUUCUUCGUAUUUAUGAUGCUAUAAAAAGACAUGACAAUUACUUCGUCCAAAGAAGAGAUGGAGUCGGUAAACUUGGCUUGUCUGGUUUGCAAAAAAUGACUGCCGCAUUUCGAAUGUUAGCGUACGGUGUACCAGCAGAUUCCACCGAUGAGUAUAUCAAAAUAGGAGAGUCUACAGCUCUAGAAAGUUUGAAACGAUUUUGUCGUGCCAUUGUUGAGGUGUUUGCAUGUUGUUAUCUUCGAUCACCUGACGCUAAUGAUGUUGCACGCCUACUUCACAUUGGCGAAUCUCGAGGAUUUCCAGCUGAAGGUACUGCUCCACCCGCUAGUUAUGUUAUCAAUGGAAAACCCUAUAAUAUGGGUUAUUACCUAGCUGAUGGUAUAUAUCCAAAGUGGUCCACUCUUGUUCAAACAAUUCAUGAUCCACGUGGUCCCAAAAAGAAAUUAUUUGCCAUGAAACAAGAAGCUUGUAGAAAAGAUGUGGAACGUGCAUUCGGAGUUUUGCAGUUGAGGUUUGCAAUCGUGGCGGGGCCAUCACGCUUAUGGAAUAAAACAGUAUUACAUGAUAUAAUGACAUCUUGUAUCAUAAUGCAUAAUAUGAUCAUCGAAGAUGAGCGUGAUAUUGAUGCACCAAUUGAAGAACGGGUCGAAGUUCCAAUUGAAGAAGUUGAGAUGACGGGUGAUGAUGAUACUCGAUUUCAAGAAUUUUUGGCUCGACACUGACAAAUUAAAGACCGAG